GCGCGAAACACCACCAGGGUGACGGGUGCGAGGAGCUCGGGGCGGAGCCUAGUGUCCCCUCCCUAGUCCUGCCGCGCCUGUCCUCCAGGCUUUGGUGAGAAGACCCGAAGACCUUCAGUGGCUGCCGCCUCUAGGGAGCUACCCCAGCGUGACUUUCCCUGGGUGCAGCCGGUGGCUUGGGUAUCCAAUCUCUGCCUACGCGCGGUGGCACCGGGCUCGCGCAGCGCGGGAACGGAGUGGGCCGGGUCCACAGGCUGGCGUGCACGGCAUUGCCUCGCGAGGCAGCGAGCAUGAGCUUCCCGGUACUGCAGCCCCGCUGAAGAGGAGGCCCUGAAGCGGGAGGAGCGCGCUGCCGGGGCCAUGGCGUUCCUGGCUGGGCCGCGCCUGCUGGACUGGGCCAGUUCGCCGCCGCACCUCCAGUUUAAUAAGUUCGUGCUGACCGGCUACCGGCCAGCCAGCAGUGGCUCGGGCUGCCUGCGCAGCCUCUUCUACCUGCACAACGAGCUGGGCAACAUCUACACACACGGGGUGGCCCUGCUGGGCUUCCUGGUGCUGGUGCCAAUGACCAUGCCCUGGGGUCAGCUGGGCAAGGAUGGAUGGCUGGGGGGCACACAUUGUGUGGCUUGCCUGGCCCCUCCUGCGGCCUCUGUGCUGUAUCACCUCUUCAUGUGCCACCAAGGGGGCAGCCCCGUGUACGCCCGGCUCCUUGCCCUGGAUAUGUGUGGGGUCUGCCUCGUCAACACCCUCGGGGCUCUGCCCAUCAUACACUGUACCCUGGCCUGUAGGCCCUGGCUGCGCCCUGCUGCCUUGGUGGGCUACACUAUGCUGUCAGCCGUGGCCGGCUGGCGUGCCCUCACAGCCCCCUCUACCAGUGCACGGCUCCGCGCUUUCGGUUGGCAAGCUGGGGCCCGCCUGCUGGUGUUUGGGGCCCGUGGAGUAGGCCUGGGCUCAGGAGCCCCAGGCUCUCUGCCCUGCUACCUGCGUAUGGAUGCAUUGGCACUGCUUGGAGGGCUGGUGAAUGUGGCCCGCCUGCCAGAGCGCUGGGGACCCGGCCGCUUCGACUACUGGGGCAACUCCCACCAGAUCAUGCAUCUGCUCAGUGUGGGCUCCAUCCUCCAGCUGCACGCCGGUGUUGUGCCUGACCUGCUCUGGGCCGCUCGCCAUGCCUGUUCCCCGGACUGAGCUGCCUCCUUGCCUGCCUGAGGCCUCUUGGGGCCAAUAAAGCCACCUUCCUUCCAUC